AUGAAAUCUUUCAAAGGCUACGAGAGAGUUUGGUAUCCUCCGAUGAAUGAAGAAAGUUCUCUGAAUUAUUCUUCUUCAAAUCAACAUGAAAAAUUCCCAUUUUCUUUAAUAUCCUAUAAUAUUCUUGCUCAGGCACUUUGUAAUAGACAGGGAUCACAGAAAUACUUGACCAAGUCACAAGCAAGGUGGAAUAUUAGAAGAAAUAAUUUAUUGAAUGAAAUUUCGCAUUAUAAUUCCGAUUUGAUUUCAUUACAGGAAUGUGAUUUUUAUGAUAGUUUUUGGAAAUCAGAAUUGGAAAGAUUGGGAUAUGAAACAUUGUAUAGUCAACAAUUUAAUUGUGAAAAGAAUUAUCAACCAAUGCCAUAUGGAUUAUUGACAGCUUUCAAAAAGGACAAAUUUAAAUUAUUGGAAUUUGUUGUUUUGGAUUAUCAGAAGGAAGCUUUAAAAGAUGUCAAUAUUACUGAUAUUGAAAUUUACGAAGCCAAGCUGAGUGGAAAUAUUGCUCUCAUUAGUGUACUAUCACCGAUUGACCAUCCUGAGAAGGUUCUUAUCCUUUCUAAUACUCAUCUCUAUUGGAGACCAGCAUGCAAUUCAGUUCGUGUCAGACAAGCACUCAUUCUCAUGCAAACAGUUCAGAAACUGAAAGAAACCUAUGAUAGCCAAUCGUCGUACGAAUCGGUUGAGUAUGUCUGUACCGGGGACUAUAACACUUCUCCGAAUGAUCCACCCUAUAUUCUCCUAACAACAAGGAACCCCUCAAAUAAUGAACCUUUCAAGGGCGAUUACAAUGCUGUAAAAUUGUGGGAGGUUAUCAAUAAUGGAACAGAUGACGAAUUUAUUAAGGAAUUUCCUCUUGUGUUUGUUGAGGAAAUCAAGUUGGUUUUGGAAUCCAAGUUACAAAUGGAGUCGUCAUUACAACUAACCUCAAAUAGUAUAACUGUGGCUGAUCCAUUAAACGGCCAAGAUUGCACGUCAAUAGACACUGUAUCUCGAGAAUCAACAGAGGAAUGCAACCAGGGUAUUAAGGAUACUGUUGUUUCCCAAGAGGAGGUUGAGAGAAUUUUCAAAGAGCAAUACCAGCAACGAAUCAGAAACAUUAAGCAGUGUAUUCAUCAAUUUUCUUUAUCUCUCCCUAUUAUUUCCCUUUAUACAUUCUAUAAUAGUCACUGUGACAAGGAAGAAGAUAUUAAGGCCAUGAAGGUACACGAAAGGUGGAGCAAUAAUGACUUACCCUAUACCACAUAUACGCCUCAUUAUAUUUCCACUCUGGAUUAUGUAUUUGUUAGUGAAAAUUCCACACUUUCAUUAACACAUCUCUUAUCUGUUCCGACACCUCAACAAAUUCAAGAGGAACACUCACAACUAACUCAAUUGUUGGAAGAGAAGGAUUCUGGAGAUAGUCUCGUUUGGAUUCCAAACGAUAUUCACUCAUCUGAUCACUUUAGUUUGGGAGUAAGGAUGUCCCAAUAA